AUGCCAUUUGGUCUAACAAAUGCACCUGCUACUUUUUGUACUUUAAUGAAUAAUAUUUCAUCCAUAUCUCGACCGUUUGUGGUCGUCUACUUAGAUGACAUAGUAUUAUAUAGCAAACUGGGAGGAGCAUGUGCACCACCUAAGGAAGUUCCAGGUACUGCGGACAACAAGCUGUAUACAAGAAAGAGAAAUGCUCUUUCGCCAAGCCGAAGUAAUGUUCUUGGUCACAAGAUCAGGGAUGGGCAACUUAUGAUGGAAGAUGAAAAAGUGCGGGCUAUUCAAGAGUGGGAAACACCCACCAAGGUGCCGGAUUUACGAUCCUUCCUGGGAACUAAAACCGGUCGGUUCUGGUUUCAAUUCCUUUUGCUAAGAAUCAGCUGGUUCUGGUUCCUGUUCCUAGCAAUUCCGGCAGAUCAGAAUGGAGUCUAUCCGCCACUAAAUAAUAUAAGCCCGGGUGGAAUAUCAAGCGGAGUUAUUGCCGGGAUAUCUGUUGGAGGAGUUGCUGGGGCUCUAGUUUUAGCAUUUUGUGUAUAUGCUGGAAUUUAUAAAAGAAAAAAGGUGGGAGAGGCAUCAUUUCUCCCAGAAGGAACAGAAAACCAAUAUGUUCAACACGGAUCUGGUUCAGCGAAUGCUUUGGAGAAAACUUUAGAAUCAACUGCUCUUGUUACUGCUCCUGGACUUACAGGUAUUACUGUGGACAAAUCAGUAGAGUUCUCAUAUGAAGAGCUUGCUAAGGCUACAGAUGACUUUAUCUUGGCUAAUAAGAUUGGACAAGGUGGCUUUGGAGCUGUUUACUAUGCAGAACUAAGAGGCGAGAAAGCUGCAAUCAAGAAGAUGGAUAUGCAAGCAUCAAAGGAAUUUCUUGCCGAACUGAAGGUCUUAACACAUGUUCAUCACUUGAACCUGGUGCGCUUAAUAGGAUACUGUGUUGAGGGUUCUCUGUUUUUGGUCUACGAGUUCAUUGAGAAUGGCAAUCUAAGUCAACAUUUGCGUGGCCAAGGAAAGGACCCAUUGCCAUGGUCAAGCAGGAUGCAAAUUGCGUUGGAUUCAGCUAGAGGACUUGAAUAUAUCCAUGAACAUACUGUUCCUGUUUACAUCCAUCGGGAUAUCAAAUCAGCAAACAUUUUAAUAGACAAAAACUUCCGUGCAAAGGUUGCUGAUUUUGGAUUAACUAAACUUACUGAAUUUGGAAGUGCUUCAGUGCAAACACGUCUUGUGGGCACAUUCGGAUACAUGCCUCCAGAGUAUGCACAAUAUGGUGAGGUUUCACCCAAGAUAGAUGUGUAUGCUUUCGGAGUCGUCCUUUAUGAACUUAUAUCUGCAAAGGAAGCUGUUGUGAAGACUAAUGAAAGCGUUUCUGAAUCUACAGGACUUGCAGCUUUGUUUGAUGAUGCUCUCCGUCAGCCUGAUCCAAGAGAAGGUCUUCGGAAACUUGUUGAUCACAGGCUUGGUGAUAACUACCCAAUGGACUCGGUCUAUAAGAUAGCUCAGCUUGCUAAAGCUUGCACAAAAGAAAAUCCUCAACUAAGGCCAAGCAUGAGGGCUAUUGUGGUCGCGCUUAUGACACUUUCAUCUACAACUGAAGAUUGGGAUGUUGGCUCAUUCUAUGAAAAUCAAGAUCUGGUUAAUCUAAUGUCAGGAAGGUAGCAAAUUGAGCAGCAUUGCCAGUCAGUAGUCUCAACAAGUGCCACCACAAAGACCAAAUCCUGAGUUUCUUGCUCAGGAUUUGUCUUUCAAAUGUGAAUAACUGUAAUUAACCGCUCUAGAAUGAUUCUUCUUUGUAUGUUAGUUCAAUUAAUUUGUCACGU